AUGGCAGAUGAAACUUACACUAUACAGAAAGAAGCUUCGCGCAUUCUACAUUCGGUACUUCUCACGGAUCCGCGUCUUCAGAUCCCCAAAUCCGUCCAAGAUGCAGCAAAGCGCACCUCCUUUGACGCGUCCGCGCUCUCAACACCCUUCCUGCCCGCCCCCAUAAAGUGUACCGAGUCAAGCUCGGCGCUGUGGGCUUUACUAGCAACUUUCGGAAACACCGUGGCAGCUGAGCGAUAUGGUCUCACCGACCAGCGCGUCGUCGUGAAUAGCGAUGCCGCAUCCGCUUUCCUCUUCUCGUUCUGGCUUCUGCGGGUCGGCGGGAAGCCGGUCUCUGAUCCUGAGCUAGCCACAAGAUACUCUAUCUAUGACACCACGCAGCAGUUCACUUUUUGGAGGCGACUUGUCACCAACGUCUACCCGACGCGGGAUGGUCGCUGGUUCCAUCUACACGGGGGACUGGAUUCCGACCGGAGUUUGCGAAUGCUGGGGUUACCGACGCACCGGGACGUGGCGGAUGAGAUGGAGGCCAUCAAAGGGCUCUCGGACACGGUACAGCAGUUUGAUGCGGACUGGCUGGAUAUCGAGGCGAAUGAGUAUUGGAGGCAGGCAGGUGGGAUCUGCUUCACCCCCGAAGAGUAUCGCGAGACCGAGCAAGGAAAAGCUAUAGCGGAUGAUGGGCUGUAUAUACUUGAAGAGUUUCCUGACAAAAGACUACCCCCGGUACCGUGGCCCAAGGUCGAUACUGAGACAUAUAGGCCCCUGGAGGGGAUUAAGAUUGUAGAUCUUACACGAGCGAUUGCAGGUCCAACGAUGGCAAAACUGGCGGCGCUAUUCGGGGCCACUGUAGUCAGGGUAUCAAAUACGAAGCUGCCAGAUCUAGGUAUCGUGCUAUUCGAGAGCAACCUCGGAAAGCGGGAUACUCACCUCGACCUGAAGACUGAAGAGGGACGAGAUGCACUCCGACAUUUAAUAGAAGACGCGGAUGUUGUGCUUGACGGCUACCGGCCAGGCGCCUUGGAAAAACUCGGAUUUGGACCGACGUACGUACAUGAAAUAGCCAAGAGGCGAGGAAAAGGCAUCGUCUAUGCGCGUGAAAACUGCUAUGGCUGGAAAGGGCCGUGGAAGCAUCGCAGCGGAUGGCAGCAGAUCAGCGACGCCGUGACGGGAGUCGCGUGGCUAUUCGCUCGGAUGUGGGAUGUCGACGAGCCGGUCAUGCCAUUCUUACCCAACUCCGACUUCCAGACCGGCAUAGUAGGUUGCAUCGGUAUCAUAAAUGCUUUAGACCAGCGAGCAAAAAAAGGGAGCAACUAUCUCGUGUCCAUGUCGCUAAACCAGCUUAAUAGCUUUAUAAUAUCCUUGGGGACCCAGAGCCCAGAAGUGCAACAGUUGUUGCGCAAUAUGUGGCCAGAUUUAAAGUCACGACAUUAUGAUGAUUUGCACAGGCAAGCAAGAGUGCUGAUACGCGGUUUGCCGGAUAAGGCGCCGCAAUUAUUGGAUCCAAGGUAUUAUGUGUCCCUCAAGGCUGACCUUGGAAAGCCUGACGAGGAGAUGGGAGCUGUUUGA